GGAAGCCUCAGGAAAAGCCCCUCAUGUGGACAUUGUUGCUUACAAACCCAAGAUGGAGCUCGGAGGUCGGUCCCUUGACACAAUGGAUUCUGGGGCUACUGCAGGAUCCCUCAGGAGCCGAAUUCUGCAUGAGGUGAAGGAGGAACCGGAAGAUGGCUUGGCCCAGCAGUGGGAAACCCAAUGGCAAACAUUCCUAAGGACAGUAGAGUUCCCUCACUCAGGCUGUGGAGUCUCACAAUUGCUGGAGGAGCCUUCGCCGUGGGACGACGCUAAGGCUUUCCUGGCCUCCUUCGAGCAAGUAGCCCAGGCCUGCCGGUGGCCCAAGGAAGAGUGGGUGACCCGACUCCUCCCCGCCCUCCACGGUGAAGCCAAGCAAGCCUUUAGUAGGCUGAAGGCUGGAGACAGAGAGGAUUAUGGGAAAGUGAAGGCGGCCAUCUUGCGAGGGGACGCCUUGAGCAGGGAAGCGCUUCGGCAACACUUCCGGCGUUUCUGCUAUCAGGAGGCCGAAGGACCGAGAGCAGUUUACAGCCGGCUCCAGAGGCUUUGCUGCCGGUGGCUGAAGGUCGAGAAACGCACCAAAGAGCAGAUUUUGGAGUUGUUGAUCCUGGAGCAGUUCCUGACCAUCCUUCCAGCAGAGAUCCAGAACUGGGUCAGGGCGUGCAGUCCGGAGACCUGUUCCGUGGCGGUAGCCCUGGCUGAGGAUUUCCUCCUAAGGCAGCAAGAGGCUGAGGGGCAGGCAAGCCAGGUGAGACCGCUUCCUGUGGCCUUGGAGGAAGCAGCUAUGAGUUUCUCUGAGGUAAGCCACACUUCACAUGACUCUGGGCAGAGGCAACUGUACAUAGAAACCAAGCAGGAAGAUGAUGACGGAGAAGCCAGCCAGCUAGUAGAUAAAGUCUGGAUGACGACAGAUGAGAAAUACGUGCUGGAUAGUUCAGAACCGGUGGGACCACACGGGAUGGCAACAUGGAACGUGGAAGAGAACCUUUCCCAGUGCUGUGAGCAGGAAAAUGACUCAGCAAGUUGGGGAAAAGCAGAGCGUCGGCAAGAAACUGAUCCGGUGGAGAAACUGGAGGAACCCUUUCCUUGUGGGGAAGAUGGGGAGAUUCUCGGUCACCCCAUAGUCCAGGCAGGAAUUGAUGCUGAAGGCGGCUUGCAGGGCUGCGCAAAUGGGGCUGAAAUACGAGGGGCAUCGUUAGACUUUGCUGGCUGUGAACCGUUGAAAGAGGACCUCCAGGGCCCAGGUGAUUCAGAGAUGCAGGAGGGGAAUCAAGCUGAGACUAUGGCUAAUUCUGCUGCCUGUCCAGAUGCGGAUUUGAAUGAAAUACCGACUGAAGAGGAGAAUCAAAGAGAAAAGACGAGGAGCAUGGGCCUGGGUGCUCCCACAGUGGAGGGGCCCAAUAAAAGCUUGACAUUUGGGAAGAACUUUACUCAGCAUCAUAGACUCCGCCAUGGGGAGCUGCCACAUAAAUGCCUGGAUUGCGGAAAGAGCUUCAAUCAUAAAGCGAACCUGACUUCGCAUCAAAGGGUUCAUAGGCGAGAGAAGCUCUAUAACUGUUUGAACUGCGGCAAGAGUUUCCUCCGUAAGUCGAUCCUUAACAUGCACUUGAGGAUGCACACCGGGCAGAAGCCGUUCAGCUGCUCAGACUGUGGCAUGAGCUUGAGCACUCAGUCGAGCCUCAUUAGACAUCAGAGAACCCACACGCGGGAGAAGCCGUAUAAAUGCUCGGCGUGCGAAAAGAGCUUCAGCCAGAACUCAGACCUCAUUCGACAUCAGAGGCUUCACACAGGGGAUAAACCGUAUCAGUGCUUUGAAUGUGGGAAGAGCUUCAGUCGGGGCGACUGCCUUACUUCACAUCAAAAAAUCCACUCCGGGAAAGAUUAGAGCAGUGUUCAGACUGUUGCGAGAGCUUUUGUGAUCAAUCAGGUCUUAUUCAGCACAUGAGAAUUCACAUAGAAGGGGGCAAACUGUGUAUAUCAGUCUUUCCCUCCAGACUACAACUGGCUGGGGGAUGCUGGGAGUUGUGGUCCAACAUGUUUGAAUGGCACCAGGUUGGAAAACAUCUGGAAAUCAUGCUUGGAGUAUGGGAGGAGUUUCAGAAAGAAUGCAACCCCUGUUUCACAACAAAGAACCCGCCAAGGGUCAAAUUAUACAAAUGACGCUUUUCAGAGACAUGGAGCAAUCCAUUGCCACCCUCUUGUGAAAUGUUCUACAGAAGAGAAGCUGUAUAAAUGCUCAACUUUUGUGAUCAAGCAAUUGAGCCUGUUUGAAACAUUCCUGAAACCAUUCAGCUGCAGAAGGGGGAAAAAGGGCAAACUGGAAUUCAAGCUGAACAAAUAGUCAGGAGUGAGCAAAAUUCUU